AUGCUUCAGUAUCGUUUAUUUCCUCGACUGAUUUUGAGCAGGAGUUUUCGAACUUCUUCAAUUAAUCAAAAGCAACCUGCUCAUGAUCGCCAGAGGAGGCGUAGGAAAUUUAAACCUCCAUUCCACAAUAUGCCUUUUUAUGAUCAGGAUCCUUUGAAGUAUCCGACAAUGAACGGUUUGUUUCCACCUCAGAUUCCUGGAUCAUGGGGAUCAACCGAUGCUAAAACUAACGAAAAAUUUCAUAAGAUUGCUCAGCACUUGAACAAAUUUCCAACGCUUCAUGAUAAAUUCGCUGAACUCUAUUACCAUGAAGACAAUCUCUGGUAUCAUCGCCUAAAUCUUCCUCUCGACUGUACAGACACCCUUGAUUUUACCCAAUAUAUCACACGAACCAAUGUGCGUAGUUCUCUUGAACUUAAUCCCAUAUACAAUAAACAUCUAGAAGUAAAUAACAAAUUUCUUCGGUUUCGUAUUGGAGAAUACCUAAAGACGUCUCAAAUCCGUCCUGACUCAACUCCCAAGGAAAGGGAGGAGUUUCUCGGCUCUCUGAUGGAGUGUGUCUACAUCAGUUUGACGGAAUUCAAUAAGAAUAGUUAUCUUCGGAACCGACCUACCCAGUUAUCCGUCGGUGCUAAAGUGGAGACGUUUUUAAAACGCUCCGGUUUUGCAGAUCUCUAUAAUGAUGAGAAAAUAAAGGAGGAUUGUCUCUCAGAAGGAGUUUGGGAGAGAUCUGAUGAAGUUGUUUUGGAUGCAGAAAAGCUUCUCCGUUUCCGAAUUUGCGGAAGAUUAGCUUGGGCUCUUCGUUCUGAUUCUCCUUUACCUUCUUUUGUAGAUAGAUCCGACAAGGUCUGUUAUGAAGAUAAUCUUCCAAAAGAUGGUCGCCUCUACCGUCCAGAAGUGUUUGGUUUCGACCCCAUUGAUCAUUAUGAUUUCAGUUGUAUUCCAUUUGUCAAUAAUGCUCGUUCUCCUGAGUAUAUUCGCUCUGUCGCUGGAUUUUGGCCAUCGAGUCCUUUUUUGCCUCAAAAGAUGGAGGAUGAUCCCUGUCAGUUUGGUUUAGUGGGUGUUCUUGACGUGACUCCUUCAUCGGAACAACAAUGUCUCUCCUCCACAAUAUAUGAGGAAAUUUCUACGCAGUCGAUGUCUCGAGAUGCCAUUUCUAACGCGGCUCUCACUGCGUUUGCCUGGACCAGUGCUAUGGCCUACAAUGCUGGUUUUACCCUAUACAACGAACUUGAUCAUCCCUUUUCUGUGCAGUUACUUCUUUUCGAUGCUGCUUCUGUAACCUGGCAACUGGUAGCUUACCAAUUGAAUACUCUGAGCGGGCUCUGGAAAGCAGAUGAUGCUGGCGACCCCUUCAAUCUCCUCUGGCAUUCACCCCGAAUCCCCAUGUUUGACGAAGAUCAUGCUCUAAAUCCUGAGGCAUUGGAGUUGUUGUCCCUCGUGAUGCUUCAUCCCCCAAUCCCGUCAGAAUCCAGCAGCACUACAAAGAUACCAGCUCGACUCAUUUCUGAUUCUCUUGACGAGGAGACAGAACCGGUUUCCUCCGGUCUCGAAGACGGUGUCAGUGGGGGAGCGAAUCUGACGCCUGCUGAACGCGAAGCUCUUCGAAUUUCGGAAAGUGACGAGAUUGCUCGGCGCAAUCUCCCUGGUCGCGUUUUUACUCAUCCUCUGCCUCAUCCCAACGAAGUCUUCUUCCUUAAGAUGACGCAAAAGGAGGAUCUACUUGCAGAAAUGCAGGAAAAGAUGCCAGUCUUCGGGGGACCGAAGAAUCCUGAUUUCGAGGAGGGCUCUGAACUGCCAGAGAGUAGUCGGGAGGUGUUGCAUAAACGCCGAUUGUACCUUCGAGCUCGAACCCCACAGAACAAGGUUCAGAAGCGGCCACCUCGCUGGCGAUAG